CGCCAUCAGUGUGCGCUGUGCCGCGGCUGGAAGUUGCUGUGCGGCGGCGGCUGGGAAGGUGGCUGUGGUGGCGGCGGCUCAGCCGGAGACAGAGGGAACAGAGGAUGGCAGACUUUCUGAAAGGAUUGCCUGUCUACAACAAGAGCAAUUUUAGUCGAUUCCAUGCUGACUCUGUGUGCAAGGCUUCGAACCGGCGCCCCUCUGUCUACCUGCCCACCCGGGAGUACCCGUCAGAACAGAUCAUUGUGACGGAAAAGACAAAUAUCCUUCUACGCUACCUACACCAGCAAUGGGACAAAAAGAAUGCUGCCAAGAAGAGGGACCAGGAACAGGUGGAGCUGGAGGGUGAGAGCUCCGCGCCACCCCGCAAGGUGGCGCGGACAGACAGCCCCGACAUGCACGAGGACACCUAGGCCGCCGCCCGCCCCGUGUGUAAGCGCCCGCCCUCCCCGCUGCACCCUCCCGCCCAUCCACACCACUUCCAACCUCAUAGGAGCCGAUGUAUUUAUUUUCCUUGCGUUUUUAUUUAUGCUGUAACACUUGUCACGCCUUGGUUAAAGGGGACUCAGAUCUAGUAGU